AUGCAAAGCAUUAUCCCAGAAGGCGUCGGGGACUUAGUCUCCAUCGACUACUUCGGCCCGCUGCCUGCGAGCAAGGGUAACUAUAAGUGGCUGCUCAUCACCAUCGAUGCGUUUAGUAAAUUUGUGAGGCUGUAUCCUCUGAAAAAGGCGAACGCGCAGUCCACCAUCCGUUGCAUUUUUGACCAAUACAUUCCUGAGCUCGGUAAACCUAAAAAAAUGCAAUUUGAUCAUGGCACACAGUUCACUUCAGUGGCUUGGAUAAGUAAACUGACAAAGGAAGGAAUAAUACCUAUUUACUCCUCGAUCCGACAUCCGCAAGGAAACAUUGUAGAGCGGGUUAACCGCGAGCUGGGUAGGUUUUUUCGUACAUUCCUGACCGAUAAGCAUACCUCGUGGCUGAAUUGGGUUGAAAUCAUAGAAAGCUGCAUAAACGAGGUGCACCACGAUACCACAGGGUUCACACCCAUUGAAAUCCAGUUAAAUACGGCACCGACCCGGUUUUGGGAGAACUGGGUAACAACAAGUAGGAUCAAACUAGAUUCGGAGGUAAAGUUAACAUUGGUGAGAAGUAAUAUCGAGAGGAAAGGCAAGGUCAGGGCAAAGAGGUUCAACCAAGUGCAUAAAAUGGCGAAAUUUGAGUUAGGAGACCUAGUUUUAAUCAGGGCACUAAAUGUGUCGGAUACAAAAGAAAAAAAAAUGGCAAAGUUCUUCGCACUAUACGAGGGCCCAUAUCGAGUAGCAAGACAAGUCGGAGAGGCAACGUUUGUACUCGAGCACCCAGAGACGCAGGUCGAAAGGGGCAAGUUUCAUGUCAAUAUGUUUAAACUGUAUAUCCCACCAGGUGAACCUGGAACCUAG